AUGUCUGACCGCGACCAGGUGCCAGGCUCUGAUAUCAAGCCAUGGGCCCGCCCAGAGGCCCAAGACUAUUGUUUCACAAACGCUAACGUUGUCGACGUGCAAGCGGGGAAUCUCUUGCAAGGCGCCACUGUCAUCACCCGUCAGGGUAAGAUUGAAUCCGUUGCACUCUCCUCUCCAGACCCCCUUCCGACCGAUGUUAAGGUCAUUGAUUGUGAGGGGCGCUAUCUAUGCCCCGGUCUCUUCGACGCCCACGUACACCUUUGUGCUGUUCCAGGAUUUAAAGAUCUAUCAAAGGCAUUUGGAAAUCCAAACGACGUCCACUUGCUUCGACAACCUUACACAGCGGCUCAAAUGCUGCAUCGAGGCUUCACUAGCAUCCGUGACUGUGGCGGUGCUCAGCUCGCCAUCAAAGAAGCUAUCGAGGAUGGUGUCUUCCCUGGGCCCAGGAUCUUCAUAUCCGGUCAUGCAUUGUCUCAAUUCGGAGGACAUGGGGAUCUUCGCGGUUCCCAUGAACCUACUGAAUGCUGCGGCGGUACGCAUAGCAACAACCAUCUAGGCCGACUGUGCAACGGUGUGCCGGACUGUAUGGCUGCAGUGCGCGAAGAGAUUCGCUGUGGUGCUGAUUUUAUCAAAAUUAUGGGCUCGGGGGGUGUUGCUUCUCCUACUGAUAAGUUAGAGCACCUUCAGUUCACAUCUGCCGAGAUUCAGGCGAUGGUAGAAUGUGCCAACAACGCUGGAACUUUCGUCACGGCCCACGCCUAUACAGUGAAAGCUAUCAGGCACUGUAUUGAGAACGGUGUUAGAGGGAUUGAACACGGCAAUUUUGUCGAUCCACCCACUGCCAUGCUAAUGGUGGAGAAGGGAGUCUAUCUCACGCCCACCCUCAUCGCUUAUGCUCAAAUGGCAUCGGAACGCUGGAAGGGAUACUUGCCUCCAGAGUCCCAGGCGAAGAAUUCUCAAGUCCUGAAAUCUGGUCUUGAAGCACUCAAGAUUGCUUCUGAUGCAGGUGUCACAAUGUGCUAUGGUUCUGACUUGCUUGGUCCAUUGGGCUCUGCUCAGACACAGGAGUUUUCUCUUCGUUCACAAGUGUUGACUCCCCUUGAGGUAUUACGAAGUGCGACAAUCAACCCAGCGAAGAUGAUGAGCUGCGAGUCCUUGAUUGGGCAGAUCAAGGAAGGUUUUCAAGCGGACCUUGUCGUCCUGAGUCAGAAUCCUCUCGAAGAUGUAACUAUCUUUGACAACCCUGAUAAGUAUGUGCUGGGUGUGAUGAAAGAUGGUAGAGUCUACAAGAGUCGCUGGAGUGCCCUGCCCGAGGACUGGGAGAUUCCGGUACGAGUGAAGUAUAACUGA